AGGCUCUUCUGGAGGGUAUUAUGGGGGAUACAGCUCUAAUAGUAGAUGGGUGUUUUGGUAUUAUGGUCCGUACGGAGAUCGAUCAUGUGGUAAUCUUUGUAUCGCCACCUUCUCUCUACUUGCCAUAAUUGUUCUUACGAUAAUUGGAUGUUUCAUCCAUCACUGUAUUCGGUCCCGCAAACGAAAGAACCAUCAACCAAACUCUGAAACGUCUCACUCAACAGACGACCAUUAUGCCUCACCGUCAACGAAUCUAUAUUCGCAAAGUACUGAUCUUGAAAUUGGCAGCAUACCCCCAUCAUAUGAAAAUGAACCUCCUGCGCCUGAACCUAUUGCUUGGUAUGGCCAGAAACACGAAGCUUCAGCAGAAGCAUAUGAAGCAGGAGAAAAGUUUACACGAGAUUAUCCGCCUCAGGAGAAAUCACCAUCAAAUGCUGAAAUAAGUGACAUAAUCAAUAAAGGUGGUGCAUCGGCGUAUCGUUUUGAGCAUGACUCGCAAGUUGGCACGCGUCAGCAAACGACCAUAUUGAAUGACGGGCGACUAAUACAAUUUAAUGGGAAAGAAGAUGCCACGGUACAAACAAAUUAUCCAUUUGUUGUCCCAUCGCUUACAACCGACGAAAUAAGUACAAGUAGAGAUGAGAGCAAUGAGAGCAAAGACGUGAAGUACGAGAAAGGCGAGAAAAAUAUGAAGAAUGGUGAAAAGUUCAUGCGAAUGCCUAUGCCUAUGCCCGUGCCGACGUCCAAACCUACAACGCCCAAAGUAUCAUCGGAAUUAUUGCCAUACACGUUAUCAGAAAGCGAUCAAAAACGCUCUUCUCAUACAUCUUUGAAUGCGGUUGGAAAUCCGGAAAAUGUAUUACAUUAUUUUGAGAUAACUGUACUAUCUAAUACAAACCCAAAGAAGACGACAAUAGCAAUAGGUCUUGCUACAAAACCUUAUCCACCGUUCAGAUUACCCGGCUGGAACCUUUACUCAGUAGGCUAUCAUUCUGAUGAUGGACGCAAAUUUAAUGAUGCAUUUGGAGGGCGCGAAUACGGUCCUGAAUGGGGUAAAGUUGGGGACACUGUCGGAUGUGGAUAUUAUCCAGCUACUGGAUAUGUAUUUUUUACGAAAAACGGAAAGAAUCUUGGCACUGCAUUCACCGGAAUUCGACACCUUUGGUAUCCGACUGUUGGCGCAGACGGUCCAUGUAAAUUGGAGGUCAAUUUCGGAGAUGGACGACCAUUUAGAUACAAUGAAGCACGAGGCUUUGGACCUACAGGACCUUUACUGCUUGUGUAUAAUUUCGAGUUCUACAAAAUACAAGAGUCAGCAUCUUAUUAUGCUGUGGCAGGUCUUCCAUUUGAG